UGGCUACUCAGUCGCAGUAGCGCCCUUUCAAUUCUGCUCGUGAUUUGGUCUGGUUGUUGUCAAGCAUGUCUGGUGGUUACCCAGUUUUAGAACUCUCGGCAGAGGACCUGCGCCUAAUGCUUGCAGCCCACGUUCAUGUGGGGGAGACUAAUAUGAAUUUCCAAAUGUCAACAUACGUCCAUGGGUGUACUAAAGAUAAUUAUCACAUUAUUAAGUUGGAUAAAACAUGGGAGAAAAUCCUUCUAUCAGCUCGUGCUAUUGCAGCAAUUGAUCAUCCGACUGAUGUUUACGCAAUCGGGUCCAGGCCGUUUACUCAGCGUGCCGUAUUAAAAUUUGCGAACUACACAGGAACAACAGCAAUGGCAGGCCGCUUCACACCUGGUACUUUCACCAACCAGAAACAAUCUUGUUUCCGAGAGCCCCGCCUGCUAAUUGUCAGUGAUCCAAUAAGCGAUCACCAAGCUGUAUAUGAAGCUAAUUCUGUAAAUGUUCCGCUCAUUGCAUUCUGCAAUACUGACACCCCUUUGUCACGUGUUGAUAUCGUCAUUCCCUGUAAUAACAAGUCAACGCAUUCUAUUGCCGUUGUGUGGUGGCUUCUUGCUCGUGAAGUUCGGCGCAUCCGCGGUGAAGAUACAAGGUUGCAUCAAUGGAGUGUAUUACCAGACCUGUUUCUCUAUCGCGAUCCCAACGAGGAAGAGCAAAAUGCUGAGGAAGUUGAUGAUGCUAGAUUGGAACCCGCUUUGCCAGGGGCCGAUAUCGAAGCUGCAGAAACGUGGGGAGUUGAGCCAACAAUGCCUGUCGGAUCAUUAGGCGAUAUGGGGAUAGCCGCUGCUGGUUACGGUCCUGUUGGUGGGACAGCAGGUGGUUGGAGUAAUUUAGAUGCCGAUCCAACAGAAACAUGGUAGUUGAGCAAUAUAACUUAUGG